ACGCUAGCUUUCGGGAUUGCAUCAAACGCAGCCUAAGGUUAUUCUCGUGAAUUCAGAAGACGCGGUAGCCCAACAAGAGGCAGCAGUGGGAAUCCUGGUAUAUAUCUUGCCUCAAAAUGAUCUCUUUCUUUCACGCCUCCCCUUCGAACACCCCUCGGGCCUUCUCUCCUCCUCUUUCAUUUCCUCUGGGCUCUCUCCAAUGGCGUCCGCAAGCUCUUUAACCGGCAGCCUACUCAGACCGACGGACCGGAUAGCCUCCGCCUUCCCCUCCUCUCCCUUCUGUCAUAAACUUAAAGCAAAUGGUGCUCCAAUUUUAUCAUGGCCUCUUAACAAAAGAACUCACUUAUUGAAGUCUCUUCGUGUAUAUGGUUUAUUUGGAGGAAAGAAGGAGAAGAGUGAGAAUAGUGAUGAUGCUCCAUCAAAGCCAGGGAUAUUAGGAAACAUGCAAAAUCUGUAUGAGACUGUUAAGAAGGCUCAAAUGGUGGUCCAAGUCGAGGCUGUCCGUGUACAAAAGGAGCUUGCAGCAGCGGAGUUUGAUGGUUAUUGCGAAGGUGAGUUGAUCAAGGUAACAGUUUCUGGAAACCAGCAACCUCUACGCACUGAAAUAACAGAAGCUGCAAUGGAGUUGGGGCCUGAAAAGCUCUCUUUGUUAGUAACUGAAGCAUACAAGGAUGCGCACCAAAAAAGUGUCCAGGCCAUGAAAGAGAGAAUGAGCAAUCUUGCCCAAAGCCUAGGAAUGCCACCAGGCCUCAAUGAAGGGCUCAAGUGAUGGGAGGCAGUGUUAUUAUACCAAGGCUUCUAAUGCUCGUCAAUUUUGUAUACUCGCCAAGAUUAAGUGGUCAGAUGAUUGCGGCCAUGCAUCUUAGUACCUCUUCUAAUCUGACACAGUUUGAUUGGCGAUGGAAAAACUUGUUCUCAUCAUGGUUAUUGCAUCAAAGAGAAUGUGAAGAACCCUUUAUUUUUUUUUUCCAAAUAUUUUAUCAUAAUUGGUUGGAUGCCUACAGUGUGACAGUGCUCAGUGGUAACACCUAGCUAUUGGUAAUAUUUGAUAUAAUUCAUUCUAUGGUUUAAUUAGAAGCAGGGCCAUGUCAUUGCAU